UUUUUAGGACAAGCUGGAGUAAAUCAACUUGGUGGAGUUUUCGUGAAUGGUCGCCCUCUUCCUGAUUGUGUAAGAAGAAGAAUAGUAGAAUUGGCGUUGUUAGGUGUACGACCCUGUGAUAUAUCUAGACAACUUCUUGUCUCCCAUGGAUGUGUUUCAAAAAUUUUAACAAGAUUCUAUGAAACUGGUUCUAUUCGCCCUGGAUCCAUAGGAGGCUCUAAAACAAAGCAAGUUGCAACCCCCACCGUAGUGAAGAAAAUCCUUCGCUUCAAACAAGAAAAUCCCGGAAUGUUUGCUUGGGAAAUAAGAGAGCAACUGAUAUCACAAAGGAUCUGUGAACCUCAUAACAUACCUUCAGUAAGCUCUGUCAAUCGAAUACUAAGGAACAGCGGAGUUUGGCCUGAUCCUCCAGAAAUGUUACAUCAUCCUAGACCUAACCAUACUGCAGAGACCAUAAUGAGAGGGGACCUCUAUACGAAAAAUUCACCCGAACUAAACAGUGCAUUACCAUAUUUUCCCGUACCGGAUCCUUCAUAUAAUACCAGUACUAGACUUGCCGCACUUCAACACCAACUACAUAUAACCACUACUUCACCAAUGGAACUGUCUACCUCACACUCCUGGUCUAAUUUAAUCAUUCCUUACCAUCCCAGUAAUACCAAAAAUUCACGUUUGUCAUUGAAUCAUGAAAACACAGCUAAUAAUAGAGAAGAUAUAACAAAAACGGAGACUAUAAAACAAGAUGGUAAAAAGAAAAAUCCAUAUUCCAUUGAGGAGCUGCUAAAGAAGCCUAUUAAACAAAAUAAACCUCUUAAUUUUAGUUGCUCUGGGUUUCAACAACCAUAUGGUGCAUUUUUAACUAAUGAGGAUUUUGUAAAGGAAAUGCACCACAUAAGAAAUGAUAGUGAAUUGGAGAAAAAUAUAAAAGUUGAUGAUGAAUUAAACCAAUAG